AUGGAGUCCAAAUCCAAGAAAACAAGGACAACAAAGAAUAUAUCAAACACCACCACCCAUAUGGUUAACUUCGAUGACAGACUCAGCAAUUUGCCGCAAGAUAUUCUUCACUAUAUCCUCUCCUUCCUUGAAACCAGAGAUGUCAUACUACUAAGCCGGUUGUCAAGAAGAUGGAGACGUGUUUGGAAAUCGAUGCCUUACUUGAAUUUCGACCAAACCCCAUCUGAAUCAAAAGACAGGUUCAUCGGAUUGGCAUGGUCCGUGCUAAAUUUGCGAGAUGGGUUCGAUAUUAAACGUUUCGCCAUGGUGAGAACCCUACAUAUUGAAAACUCUGAAUUAUGUGGGCAAGCUUUUGGUGAAACUGAAAAGCUCGUUUUACAUUGUCCACACCUUGAAAACUUCUUGUUGAAAAACUGCUAUAUGUGUCAUCGACCAUUCGAUGUUAUUGACAUCGAAGCCGCUAAUCUUAAGAAUCUAAAGUUUUUGAACACCGCCCACAAGCGUUCAUUUCGAGGUGAGCUCAAGAUUUCUACACCAAAUCUUUUGUGCUUAUCUUAUCGUGGUCCUGCUUUGAACGGAUAUUCUUUGCAGAAUUUAUCAUCAUUGAACAAAGCUUUAAUUCACUUCACCAAUAGAGUUAAAUAUGAAGAGGACGAGAACGAGAAAUCGAUAUCUCUAAGAUACACCAAUCAAGAGUGUGAAUCUUUGCAGGAGACGUUGGAACAUAAUGUCUCAUGUUUAACUCACCAUCUCAAGAAAGUGGAGAUCAAUAGUUUUGUUUGGAGGAAAAUAGCUUCUGAUCAAUUGGUUAAGUAUUUGCUUGAGAACGGAAAGGUAUUGGAAAAAAUGACUAUUACUUGUCAGAACCCAGAGAAUAAAAGGUUUGUAAGGUUGCAAGAAUUUGGUAGAGCAUCUCCAAAUGUUGCUAUAUCAUUUACCACUUUUAUGGAGAGAAAACCAUUAUGGUUUAAAGUUGAUGAUCGUUCCGGUGAUAGAAUUGAUGGAACUAUGUGA